GUUCUGUUUUCAUAACAGUAUUUAUAGAGAGGGAGACCGUUCUAUUCUAUUAGUUAUCUUGUGAACAUCAAAAACAAUGGCAUUUAAGGUAAUUGCAUUCGCCGCCCUUGUGGCCGUUGCCCUCGCCCGCCCCGAAAACAUACCUCAAUAUGGAUAUGGUGCCCCAACGCCCUCUUCAGGACCUGCCAAGUACGACUUCAACUACGCCGUCAACGACCCACCAUCUGGCAACGACUUCGGCCAUCAGGAGGCCCGAGAUGGUCCCAACACUCAGGGUUCUUACUACGUUCUCCUCCCCGACAGUCGUCUCCAGAGGGUUACCUAUACUGUCAACGGCGACUCCGGUUAUGUGGCCGAUGUCACCUACGAGGGUGAUGCCCAGUACCCCUCCACACCACGCCCCUAUACACCAGCACCUCAGUAUGCUUAGAUAUAUUUACUGCAUAUAGGCUCCGUAUAUAUUGUUCUAUUAUCAUUAAAAAAAAACAUAAAAACAUAACCAUGAGAU